UGCUUCUGCUGAUCUGCCUUUGCCUCCAAGACAAGUCACGGCCGCAAGCUUUUAAUUGCGUUAUUGUCUUGUUUGCGUAACACCCCUUCUUUGUUUCUCAGCAUACUUAGAUUUCGAAACUGCACGGUUCACUUCAGCUUUUAGGGGGCAGGCUCUGACGUCAGCUCGCCCGCUGGACGCGCACACUAGUGCAGCCGCAGGACACACACUGACUGGGUGCUGACUAUUAAUAUUGCCCUUAUGAAACUACCCACAGUCUGUAUUGUCUGCAAAACGCGGGGCGGACCCGGAGGAGAAACACAAAGCCAGAAUCCGCGACAGACGCUGCCGCACUUCCCCAAAUUGAAAUCCCCGUCAGGAGAGAGAAAGAGAGAGAGAGAGACAUAGGGGCGGAAUUGAGAGAGAGGGAGAGAGGGGAGAGAGAGAGAGAGAGAGCAGGGGACUGCAGAACAUACAGGGACUGGAUGAAUAACCAUGGCAACAGCAGCAGCAGCAGGAGAAGCGGUGAUAUAAACAUUUACUCAGUAAAGGCUGGAACGGAACCCUCUGCGGACAGUGCGCUUCAUCAAGGUGAUGAGUGGGAUUAUAUCAUGUCUGAAGUACAGGGAACACUGGAGUUUUCUGUAGAGCUGCACAAGUUUCACAAUGUGGAUCUCUUUCAAAGGGGGUUCUACCAAGUACGAGCAGGGUUGAAGGUCUCACCUCGAGUGCCCCACAGGUUGAUAGCGACAACACAAGACAAUACAGAAGAAUGCAGCUUCAGCUCUGCGGGGGUUUACGACGGCACCGUGUUCAGCCGGAUAUUUCAGAUCCUUUACAGAAAUGAGGAGAUUACCGUGAAUGACUGUAUGAUCUUCAAAGUCCACAUGCUAUUGGAUGGAGAAAGGAUGGAGGAAGCCCUGAGCGAGGUCGACUUUCAGUUGAAGCUGGAUCUUCAUUUCACUGACAACGAGCAACAGCUGGCAGAAAUAAUAACUGUCCCGUUGAUCAGCAGUCGGACCCUCAGCCUUCACUUCCACCCGCAGAGAGGCCUCCACCACCAUGUCCCCGUCAUGUUCGACUACUUCCACCUGUCCGUCAUUUCUGUCUCCAUACAUGCUUCACUGGUUGCCUUACAUCAGCCGCUAAUCAGCUUUGCACGUACGGGGAAGGGCUCCUGGCUGGGGAAGGGCUCGCCAGAGAGCGCGAGUGACCCAUCUGCCAUGUCUGUAGAGAACCUUGUGUUCGGAGCGGGCUACUGCAAACCAGUCAUCUCUGAGGGAAGCUUUUAUGUGCCCAGUGAAAACUGCCUGCAAGGAGCGCAUACGUGGCACCGAAGGCUGUGUCGCCUCCUGUUGGUCACACACAAAGGCCUGCACACCUACUACACAGCACUGUUGAGGGAAAUCCCACAGCUCCAGCAGACUCCACUAGACUCAGAGGUGCUGCCUGUAGAAGAAACUCUAAAUCAGCUCACAAUACAGUUACAGCUACAGGAAGGCCAUGAGAAGGUAGCGGAGCAGAUCAGCAGGGACGUGAGCCAGCUCUGCUCCCAGCUGGCUGCUCUGUGGAGCCGCUUCCUGGAGGCCGCUGUGCUCAACCCCCACAUCCUCUCCUACCUGGCCCAGGAGCACCACACGCUCAGGGUCAGGAGGUUCUCAGAGGCAUACUUCUUCACUGAACACCCCAAAGAGAUGUCUCUGACUUUUCAAGAGGAACUUAUCAACAGACAUGGCCAGAUAGCUGCAGAGGUGCGGAGCUCAGACUACCUGACCAAGAUGCCUCCUUUGCCUGUUGAGUGCCUGGACAUUGAUGGAGACUGGAACAGCCUGCCUAUCAUAUUUGAGGACAGAUAUGUGGAGUCUCCUCAAACAGAGUCGAUAUCACAUGUGCCAACCGCUGAUGGGCAGACCAACUCAGAUACUGCCGUCACUGCUGCCAAUGGGGAUUUUGAAAGCAGCCAGGGACCCAGAUCACCAGCAAUACCCCAGGAUCCCUUGGACGGUGAUGACUGCAUGGACCUUCCCACAUAUGUCUCACUCAUAGCAGAGCAGAGUAAGAACAGUACCAACAUGAGAAGUACCCCUAACCUCAUUCCCACUGAGGACAGUGCUGGACUCUCUCCAGCAGGGACAAAAAACCUGAAGGAACCAGAGGAAAAACAAGGGCAGGUUGAAGAGAACUGUAAUCCAGGCCCGAGGUACAUUGCAGUUAAGCCUUGUGAUGUGGAUCCAUAUGGAGGAGAAGCAGUCCUGGUUCUCUCCUCAAACCAUAAUCCCCUCAUUGACUCUGAUAAAAGCAGUGAUCAGUCUCCUGCUCAUCAUGUAACAGAAAAUACCGUCCAACUUUGUGAUGCCACAAAUGACAGCAACGCAGGAGAGAAUGAAAACAAUGAAGAGGAGUCUGAUAUUGCCAUGCCAUUAAAUCACUCCAUGGAUGAUGAGAGUGAGGAUGUUCUACCCACUGCCUAUGGGCAUCCAGUUAUACCUCCCUUUCCCGGUGAACUCAGAAAAGACAUGACUCACCGUGGAGGCCUAGUUGGCUCCAAGAUCAUGAAGCGCUCAUCCUCAGUUAUUUCCGACUCAGGUAUUGAGAGCGAGCCCAGCUCGGUGGCCUGGCCCCUGGAGGCUGCACUGCGAGGCCGACCACCUCUAGACUUCUCCAGCGAACGGGAGAUCCCACAGCAAAUAGUGUGCCGCCACCCGGUCCACCGCAGCUCUCUGGAAGGCCUACAGAUGGAGAGCAAUGGCAGCCUUCCAAGUGGAGGCAUACAGGCCUCACUCACCUCUAUUAGCUCCCUGCCCUACGAGGAGGACCAGCAGCAGAGGCAGCUCAGCAAACUGACCAAGUCAGUCUCUGCGCCACAGAUAAGUAGCCCUGAAGAUACUGAGGAGGGACAUGUGCUUCUCAACCAGGAGACAGACCCUAAGAGCUUGGUGACACACGAGGAGUCAUUUAAGAUAAACUGCUCUUCGUUGAACAUCAACCUGGAUUCUGAGCAAUCUGAAUCAUCUCUAUUAGACCCAAGUUUAAUGUCAAAUCUUGGCCAUAUUCUUGAGCAGAAUGUUAGCUCUGAAAAGUCAAACCCUCCACAGUACCUGUCAGAGACAUACAGAACCAAGUCAGUGUUAAGUGGUGUGUCUGAAGUCUUGCUUUUACAAGAGUUUGUAGCAAGCCCUCCUGUGAAGGACAGCGCUGUUAUUGGCAGCCAGGGGGAGAAUGUGAACCAUCAAACACACAUCAGUGGAGUAAGCGCCUCAGUGGAGGAUGUGCAUCUCAUUGAAAUGGAAGCAACGCCCUGCAGCUGUGGACACAAACCAUGUGUGCAUAAAAGUGCUGCAGAUCAGGAGAGCAUUAACACUGCAGAUGAGUGCCAAAGCUUCCAUCAGACCAAAUUGCUUGAUGUUGAGGACCAGGAGUGUAUGGAUCCCUUCCGAACACAUCUACAGCCUUCAGAGCUUCACCACUCCAAUGACCUCCCCAACAGUACCACCGUCACACAGAGGCCGAGUGACCUUACAGGGCUGACAGCCAAUGAUAUCACAUCAUUUGUUAACGUCAAUGAGAUAUCAGCCAGUGAGAAAGAACCUUUAGAUGGCCAGGCUAAGCCCUCUAAGAUCCCUAACUCAGGGCUGGCCUUCGUGAAUAAGAAAAUGGUGGAGGUGGUGAACAUGUCAGUAGCUUGUGCCCCGACUUGUCUGCCAUUUUCUUCCGUCCUGAGAGACUCUCCAUCCAUCAGUGGAAUGUCCGCUCGCCAGGCUACCUCACCUAUCACCCAUCAGCCCCUGGGCUCCUUUGGUAUCAUCUCAUCGUCUUCUCUCAAUCCCCUGAACAUGGAUGACGAGACCAAUGAACGAAUGCUAAAUUUCUACAAAGCCAAAGAGGAGCUGCUGAAAGAGUUGAGCUUUCAGGCCAGCUUGUACGCCGACCUUCCUGACCUGGCAUCAGAUAUGCCCUACUUCCCCCCUGAGGAGGAUGAUGAGGAGUUUGAUGACGGCAUACACCUUGUGGUGUGUGUCCACGGGCUUGAUGGAAACAGCGCAGACCUUCGGUUGGUGAAAACCUUUAUUGAGUUAGGAUUGCCAGGAUCCAGGCUGGACUUCCUCAUGUCGGAAAGGAACCAGACUGACACGUUUGCAGAUUUCGACACCAUGACAGACAGGUUGCUGGAUGAGAUCAUUCAGCAUAUCCAGCUGUACAAUCUCACCAUAGGCAGGAUAAGCUUCAUCGGCCACUCUCUGGGGAACAUCAUCAUCCGCUCAGUGCUGACGAGGCCUCGCUUCCGCUGCUAUUUGCCCAAGCUGCACACUUUCCUCUCGCUGUCAGGGCCACACUUGGGAACACUGUACAACAACAGCACGCUGGUCAGCACAGGUCUGUGGUUAAUGCAGAAGCUGAAGAAAUCAGGAUCCUUGCUGCAGCUCACCUUCAGAGAUCAAGUUGAUCCACGGAAAACAUUCCUCUAUCUCCUGAGUCAGAAACCAGGGCUCCAGUUCUUCAAAAACGUGGUGUUGGUGGCAUCUCCACAGGACCGUUAUGUUCCUUUCCACUCUGCCAGAAUAGAAAUGUGCAAAACUGCUCUUAAAGACAGGAGCACAGGGCCCGUCUACACUGAGAUGAUUAACAACCUCCUGCAGCCACUUGUGGAGGCUAAAGAGUGCCGGCUGAUCCGCCAGAAUGUGUUCCACGCCCUGCCAAACACAGCCAACACCCUGAUCGGCCGCGCGGCCCACAUCGCUGUCUUGGACUCUGAGCUUUUCCUGGAGAAGUUCUUCUUAGUGGCAGGGCUCAACUACUUCAAAUAAAGGUGCUAGUAGGCUACUGCAGGCUUACAGGACAGAACCUGUUGGUGGCUGAUGGAGCUGAUUUUAAGGAUAAGGUCCUUACCUUCAUUUUGUACAGUAUAUUCAAUGUAUAUAAUCACUGAUAUCCAAGAGGCAAGGCCUGUAUAUCCCGUUUGUUAGGAUUGUUAGCAGCUGUUAUAAAAAAGAUCAGUGUAUUGUCACUGUUUAAAUUGCUAACUAAAAACUCUGAGUUUGACGUGUAGACAUGCAAAACAAAACAUCUGACAUCUAUCUCAGGAUUGAUUAUAGAUGUUUUGUUGGCCUGGAAUAACCUGUCAGAACACUAACAGAUGCUAAUUGUGGUCGAAAGCAUUUAACUACUUUCCCUUUAGAAUUGGUUUAGAGUCAGGUUGAUUGAUUUCUAAGGGUUCCACCGAUGAUAGUCUUAAGCUAUCCUUGGAACCGAGGCAAUAGAUGCGCCACAUUUAUAUCCUCUUGAUUGAACAUGAAGUAUUUUGUUGUACAAAACAUAGAUGUUCCUUUAUACAGAAAUGAAUAUAUUGUUUAAAUUAUUUAUUUUUUAUUUGUUAUGUGUCUACAGUGUAAGUAGCCCAUCUAAAUGUGAUCUUUUGUGUGUUGUUAUCAUCAAAUCUAUUGAAUGAAAAUCAAAGUAUACAAUGGAGGCAUAAGUGUUACCCCAUGUAGCCUACAAUUCAGUAUAUGGACACCUGCUUUUUUUAUACAUAUCAGUCCAACCUAACUCAUUGACCCCGAUUAGUAAAUAUGCCACAGCAUAAUCUUUGAUACCAAAUGGCUCUACUGGCUCUGAUCAUUUGCACUGAAAGGUUGAUUGAUUAGAUUUAUGAAUUGAUCAUUUGCCUAUCCCCACCCUACUUAUUUACUGUUGCUAUGCCUGUGAAGCUUACACAUAAUCAAUUUACAGUGAUAACAGUGGCAGAUUACCACUCAAAAUUCUUUUAAACUUUUAAAACAAUGAAUCCUUGAGGUAGAUAAAAGCAUGCUUCUUAUUUCUCUCAAUUUUGUUGUCUCAAAUGACAACUGUCACAGGCAGAUUUUAUCAGCCGUAGCUAGCUAGGUGAUGUAAGCUACAUGAGAUGGUUGAAAACGCGUUCUCCAGCUGAUUUCACAACAUUACUGAAAAAUCUGACUGUUAUUUCGUUAUAUCAUAGCCCUGUUUGGCUGCUUAGCUUGUAUGUGUUCGUAUUUGCGGCUGUUUGCACUUUAAGAACAAAAGGCCUUUGGAGAGGAUUGAUGAGUUUUUAGCAUUUAGGACCAGCUUCACACAAAAGAUAAAUAGUAUACAGUGGAUGUGCUAGUCAUGAAUGUUUUUUUAAUGUAACCUGUAACCCACAAACUAAUGAAACCUAGUUGGUUAAUGAUGUGCUCCUCUGCUUGGAGGUAAUGCUCGGUUAGCACUAGUGAGCUAGUUGGCCGGACAUGCUAAAGUUUGCAGGUCACUUUAAACUUUUGCUCAUGUGUUUUUGGUUUUGCAAAGGCUACAAAAAACACACCACUCCUGAAACUCUUUGGUCUCUUUAGUCCAGUGGUUCAAGACAGCCCUCAGGAGCCGAUAAAAGUUCAAGCCCUACGCCCACUGCAGCAAAUGUGGAGUUCAUUAUAAUCAAUCAUUAAGAACUGAAGUAAAAAAAAAAGAUUCAGGUUAACAAAAUACCCUUGAGAGCAUCGGAGCACUUUUGUUUUUUACGACACAACAUGAAUCAAAUUCAUGCAACUUUAGACCUGACAGUCCUGUCAUGCAUAGGUACGGUUGCAAAGCUAUGAUUGGACAAUUGCUGUUCAGGGUAGGGGUUUAGCAGUUAUUUUGAUAAACUAUGUGUUUUGAUAUGUUGAAACAAAUCUAUUGCAUUAUAACUACCACGAUAAAACAGUAAAGCUACAUGACUUAUUUGCAUUCUGCUCCUUGAAUCAUAUGGCAGGGAGACAGAAAACAGGCUUACUGAUAUAAUUAACAGCAAAUAUACUGUAGCCUACUUGUUUGUUAAAAAGAUACACAAUGUCCAUGUCUUUACAAUACAAUGUUCUGGUAUAAUGACCGUCACUUUCUUAAUGAGCCUUUUAAAUUGUACAUACAAAUUCUCCACACAAGGAUAGAUUUCAUAAAGCACUUUGAAAUUUGUUAUUUUUUAACUGGCGUAAAUCAGAGUGCCAUUUCUUGUGUUUUCUGGAACACUGGGUGAGAUUCUCCCUCACACACUCAUUUUCUUUAAACCACUUUCAAUAUGAUGCAUGAUGACGACGUCAGCAACAGCACGACAAUGCUCUCAAGUUCUUGAACAUAUUCGAUGCCGUAUUUCUCAUCUCAUCAACUCAAUCAAAUACAUGCUGUACGCUUUUUGUCUUUUUUUUUUCUCUACAACCUUUGCUGUCACAUUAAAGCGUGACACGAGAUAUGUCAUUUUCCAGCAUACUUGUGAGGACUGUUUUCCUCAUCACUGUGCUGUCCAUCAAAUGAUGUUUACAUUUUGACAGUCGUCUUAAAUCCAGCUGUGGUUGUGCUCCUGCAGCAUAUGUAAUGUACAUACAGAGACCUAUAUUUAACUUUUGCACUGGUUUGAUGGCAAGUGCACUUUGUUGACCACUUCGAAUCCACCUCCAUUGGCUUUACAAAAUCUAAAAAGCUAUUUUUCCUGUGUUUUUGGUUUAUACAUGCACUGCUUCUUUCAAGCAUUGUAUAGUGCUCUGUCCCCGAGUACAAACAAUGACAUCGCAAAGUGCUCUUUCCUGUUCUGAAGCUGUUGCUGGGGCUCUGCAGGGUAAGCAGAGUGUCAUUGUGAUUGACUCUAAUCAAAUGGGCUCCUUUGGGACGCAGAGAUCGCUCUCAGAAAUCCACUAAGCAAAGCUGCGUAAGCAGUCUGUACGAGCUGCCAUGCAUCAUUUCUCAGCACACACAAACACAUACUGUAUAUGGAUGAGGCUUUAGUUUGUUUGCAUUUAAGGUCGUGUUUGUUUACCCAAAGGGGUCAGCAGUAAUCAAUGUAGUGAAAAAGUGUUAUUGAGCAUUGGCCCCUUCAAGGGCAAAUACAGGUUUGAAAUUGUUUCAUAAGAUGAAUGAGUUCUGUAAAAGGUUUCAAUUGAAAGUGCGGUAUUAGAUCAGAAAUAAUUGUAUUUAUAUUACGCUGAACCAUUCUGUAGAGCAAAGUUUUUUUUUUAUAUGACUAAAUAUGUCUGUACAUUUAUGCUGCUGUCAUAACUAUGAGUGAUUUCAGAGGUGAUUCAUAUAUCCAAUAGAUCCAUGCAAGUGCUGUCAACCUUCAAAACUAGCUGACUUGAACCUUUUUGUAUUUGAUUGCCCUUUACUCAGAGUCCUGUUCAUGUGUAUAGUGUGUGUGUGUAUGUGUGUGUGUUUGGAGGGUGGAGAAGGGGGUGUAAUAUCUGUGUGAAAGGAUAUGUGUAAUCAUUGUCUGCUCGUUGCUGGAACAUCCUUUAUGUGUUUGAACCGAAUGUAAAAAAUGUUUGACUUCACUGUGAGGAACAUGUAUUUAUUCCAUUCUGAAGUUCUUUUGCUGAAUGUAUAACAUGUAAAGUACAGUAAAUACUACUUCAUCCGUGCCAAUACUACUGUAAUAUUUUUCUAUGUUGCUGACUGUGCUGUAUGUAUUCCUUAGUAGCUUGUGUCCUAUGUAAAAAUAUAAAUAUAUAUAGCAUAGUAUUAUUUAACAGAUAUGAUGUUACAAUAAAAAUGUUCCUUUUGCAUUA